AUGGCGUCCAACAGACUCACCUACCGCCGUCGCAACCCUUACAACACCACCUCCAACCGGACCCGAGUCAUCAAGACUCCCGGUGGUGAGCUCCGCCUCCUUCACAUCAAGAAGCGCGGCACUGCUCCCAAGUGCGGCGACUGCGGCAUCAAGCUGCCUGGUGUCCCUGCCCUCCGCCCCCGCGAGUACGCUCAGAUCUCCAAGCCCAAGAAGACCGUCCAGCGUGCCUACGGUGGCUCAAGAUGCGGUAACUGCGUCCGGGACCGCAUCGUCCGUGCCUUCCUCAUCGAGGAGGCCAAGAUCGUCAAGAAGGUGCUGAAGGAGCAGAGCCAGAGCGAGAAGUCCAAGAAAUAA